UUGAAAGUUGAUCAGCAUAGGGAGGUGGGAGGGGGGGAGGAGGAAAGGAUGAAAGAGGAGGAGGAUGAGGAGGUGCUCACGCGGAGGAGGAGGAAGAAGGAGAUGAUGAUGAUGACCAUGAACGGCAAACAGCACUUCUCCAUGCACCCGGCCCUGCACGAGCCCAAGUACCCCGGCCUGCACGCGGGCACGGAGGGCAUGCGCAGAGUCUGCCUGCCCGCCGCGCAGGUACGUUCAGGCCGCGAGGAGACUGGAUGGAGUGCACUGCUGCAGGGCAAUAUAUUCGGGGGCUUCGACGAGAGCCUGCUGGCGCGCGCGGAGGCUCUGGCGGCUGCCGACAGCAUCGUCUCCCACGGCAAGAGUCACCCCUUCAAACCGGACGUGACCUACCAUACCAUGAGCAGUGUGCCCUGCACGUCGGCCUCCUCGUCUUCCGCCGCGGUGCCCGCCUCCCACGUCCAGUCCGCGAUCGCCUCUCACCACCACCACCCUCACCACCACCACCACCACCACCACCUGGGCCAGACCCUGGAGGCCGGAGACCUGCUGGACCACCUGUCCAGCAGCCUGGCGGUGACCGGGAUGGGCGCGCCGGAACCUCCGGGGAUGACCACACCGGGACACCCCCACCCUCACCACCAGCACCAGCACCCCCACCACCACCUCCAGACCAUGGGCCAGCUCCACCAGGCGAUGGCCAACAUGGCGCACCACCCCCACUCCCUGUCCGCGCACGGGGGCAUGGCGUGCGUCACGGACGUGGAGUCGGAUCCCCGGGAGCUGGAAGCCUUCGCGGAGCGCUUCAAGCAGCGGAGGAUCAAGCUCGGCGUGACCCAGGCGGACGUGGGGUCAGCGCUGGCCAACCUGAAGAUCCCCGGCGUGGGCUCGCUGAGCCAGAGCACCAUCUGCAGGUUCGAGUCCCUCACGCUGUCGCACAACAACAUGAUCGCGCUCAAGCCCGUGCUGCAGGCCUGGCUGGAGGAGGCCGAGGCCGCGCACCGGGAGAAAAGCACCAAGCCGGACCCGUUCAGCGGGAGCGAGAGGAAGAGGAAGCGCACGUCCAUCGCCGCCCCGGAGAAGCGCUCCCUGGAGGCCUACUUCGCCAUCCAGCCGCGGCCCUCCUCGGAGAAAAUCGCCGCCAUCGCCGAGAAACUGGACCUGAAAAAGAACGUGGUGCGCGUGUGGUUUUGCAACCAGCGGCAGAAACAGAAACGGAUGAAAUACUCCGCGGGGCACUGA